GGCAGAUGAGAUUUAUUUCAAGGUAUCCCGAGGAUGGUGUGAGAGGAUGAUACAUGAUCAUGUCACUGCUGCCUUCUGGAGGAGGUGGACAUGAGAAAUUGAGUUGAGGAAGAGCUGAGCUAGUGAAUGGUUGCUUUCUAACAAGGUACAAAGCUGCAUAGAGCCAUAGACCUGUCGAAUCAUCCAUGAGGUACGCAUGUAGGCGUCCAAGAAUUUUCCAAAUGCGUGUGGUAUGUGUUCCAUCUCUUGAUUUGUUGUCCAUAUGCUUUCCUUCGUGCAUUUUGAUCUUAACAUUAGAGCCACUAACACUAACUCCGGUCACAAAUCUGGGCAAAGUUAUGAAACAUUGACUAUUAUAUUUAUAAAUAUCUAGUAUCUAGUUUAAAGACAAAAAUCACACGUGUCGAUUUGUCUUGAAAAGAUUAUUUAUAAUCUGUAAUUAUAUUCGGCUUUAUAGAUAUAUCACCAUAGAAAAGUUUGGAGACACCACGUGUAGAUGUGUCUUAAAAAGAUACUUUAUAAUCUCACAAAUUUAUUGGGUCUUGUGAUGUACUGCAAUAGAAAGAAAAAAAAACAACAGAAUUAGGUUCGUCAGCUUGCUUGCUCGGACGCAUGCAUGCAAAUGGAUCCACAAGCUUAAGUGUGGCAUUCGCUGAUGGGGAGCGCGUGUGCGUACCAUAUGGUAAUCAACCAAUAUUUUGGUUGUCCACACAACAUGGCAAAAAAUGCAUGGGUUCUGAGCUUGUGAUGGAGGCAUCUCAAGUUUUUACCAUCCAAAUGAGUGAGAAAGUCUUAAGGUUAGCCAAAUCUAAGCAUGCCUGCACGGACUGAAGUCGAGAGUAAGAACAGCACAAAAGGAGGCAAGCAAAACAGGGAUCGGAAAACGAGGUCGUACGUAUCUAUAGCAAUUGGGAGCAAACGAAAGGGAUAUGUUGAUUGGCUUCGCUAUCUCUAUUGAAAGAUACGGGGAUUAGGAAGAUCUCAAAUUCAAGCUCUUCAAUCGUGGUGUAGCUUGCCAGACUCGUUGCUAAAGCUGAAUCCACCUCGUAGAGAACCCAGGCCCAUUUUCACGGUGACGUAUGAAGCACACCACGCACAUCGGUAGAGUAGUACUUACGUUUUCUUUUUUCGUUUUUGAGAGGAGGUAGAACAUAGAAGUAAUUCUUUCUACAUCUUUUGGUCGAUAGAGUAGUUCUCCGUUGCUUGAAAUUGGAGUAAACUUUUGGGCCUGGGUCUGGACUAGGAGAGUAGGAACUAUGGUUUUCUUCCUGGGCCUAGCUCUUUUGAACACUAAAAAGAACACUGAACCGGUGGUCUACAGUAACAAAAGUGUGUGCAGUUGCACGUGAGGCUUAAAAAUGUUGUCAUCUCCUAGAUGUUACCCUCUGGGCCAAAAUACUCUGUUUUUCAAAUGCGAGCCAUACUUUUGUCCCAAGUCAAACUUCUAUAAUUUUGACCAAGUUUAUAAGAAAAUGUAUCAAUAAAUGCGGCAUCAAUUUAGUUUCACUAGUUCACCAUGAAAUAUAUGUUGGGUACCACAUUUAUUUAGUAUUGUAGGUGUUAAUAUAUUUCUAUGUAAAUUUGGUCAAAAGUAUAGAAGUCGUAGGGCCAUAUUUUGGAACAGAGCGAGUACUUGAUUUGGAUAUGCAAUUGUCUUUGAUGCGUACCGUUGACCAGUGUUUUCUAAAAAUAUAUAGUUUAUAAAUUUAUGCCAUUAUUGAAGUAUUUUUCAAAUAUGCUCAUAUGAUUUCAUGUUCCUAAGCUAAAUAUCUUAAAAGUUACUGAUAGUCGAAGUCUACACAAGUUUAACUAGCUCUUGUGCAAAACAGCAAUCAAGUAUCUGUGAGCUGAGGAGCUACUAUUACUACUGCUUGGUUUCUAUGGUUUGCUAGCUAUGAAAUUUCUCUGUUUCAAAUGGGCACGAGUUAACAAAAUGCCAUAAAAAUAACUCGCUAUGGGCUGAGAUGUACCUUUAGCUUUUAGCUGUUGAAGUUGGUAAGAAUCGAACCCAUUAUGCCUAGGUGACUUGUGUCCUCGUUAGCGUUUACAGCUCGGUGACAUGUUAAGUUAAUUCAUCACUACCGGCCACUAACCAUUUGCUUGCGUAUCGCUAUCACCGGCCUUAUUCUUAUUUGGAAGAGCAUAGGUGAGCAUGGGGUCAAUAUAACGGCUAAGGUACCCUAUGUUUUCCUUUGAUGGUCGGUUCAAAUCCGGCAGGUCGGCUCUAGGGCUUGUUAGGAAAACUUUAUUUGUGAAUCAAAUUCUUAAAAUUCACACUUGAUAACUUCCAGAGCAUUUUACCUGUUGCUUUUUUCUUUUUUUUCUUUGGUACUAGCUAGUAUGACUUCUCUUUUAGUUAGGUUCAUCAUGAUAAUGAUGCUUAGCUCAAAUCUGAGUGUACUAGAACUCUAGAAGUAAAGGGUGUGAAGACACUAUUUUUCUUUUAAUCGUCGAAACAAUAGUGUAAUGUAUGUGAAAGAGGGUGUACCACCGUGUGUUGCCUAGUUCUUGUAACAGUGUAAUAUGUCAAGACCAAGUAAAUAAAUUCUUAUCAAGGUGCAAACAAUGUGGCUGUUGGGCUUGGUUCGGAUUGUAUGCUGAAACCUUAUCUCAGAUUGGCGAUCAGGUGCUACGCUGCCCUAGGCACUGGCAGGUUACAAGGAAGUUACUGACGUGUGGGACCCGUGUGACAAAACUGGGACAUCCCCGCAGGCUCGGCUUGAGCGCGCAUCUUAAGGCAUGACGCCAUGUGAAUAUUAACCAAGCCAUAUCGAAAUUUUUUUAUUGGCCUGCGACGUGGAAAUCACCGUUAAGAGAUAAAUAAACUCAUCCCUCUAUCGCUCGUCGCUAGAAAGACUCUUACACUCCAAAAAAAAAAGAGAGAGAAAGACUCUGACACUACGGGCCGUGCUCUGACAAAUGAGGCCAACGAUCAUGGGCCAGGCCUCAGAAGCCGAGCAGGCCGGCCGGAGUCCGGCCCAGGUUGAGAUUCUCCCCCAUGCACUUGGAAUCGGUCUCGCCAGCAGCAGAUUCUCCCGUCCGCUGAUCCGCAGCAGAAUGCCAGAAUCUUGUUACGAGCGCGGCCUCCAACCGGCACCUCGGCCCGCCGCCGCAACGGAAUCUUGUUCGCGACGGGUGGCGCAGCCGCCUCCCGCCCGGCCGGGAUCACCCUCGCCUAGCUAGGGCACGCGCGCGCCUCCACUAUAUAUGCGCUAGCUGUGCGCGCGCGUCCACCGUCCCCGCAAAGCCCCCGCGCCCGUCGAUCUCCACCGAUCGAUCCGCCGCUCACCCGCCCCUAACCCCCUCGGCCGGGCCAGGUCACAAUGGCGGCGUCGGCCGGCGGCGGCGGCGAUGGCGUGCGGCGGCGCGGGUGCUGCGGCGGCGGGGGCGUCGGGCUGUUCCCGGAGGAGUCGUUCCGGAGCUGGUCGGCGUACGGGCGGGCGCUGUUGGAGACGGGGCCGCGGCUGCGGGACCGCGCGACGGCGCGGUCGCUGGACUCGGCGGAGGUGAACGAGGUGCGCGGCCGGAGCGGGGCUGAGAUGAAGCGCACGCUCACGUGGUGGGACCUCAUCUGGUUCGGCAUCGGCGCCGUCAUCGGCGCGGGCAUCUUCGUGCUCACGGGGCAGGAGGCCAGGGACGCCGCCGGCCCCGCCGUCGUCGUCUCCUACGCCGUCUCCGGCAUCUCCGCCAUGCUCUCCGUCUUCUGCUACACCGAGUUCGCCGUCGAGAUCCCCGUCGCAGGCGGGUCUUUCGCGUACCUCCGCGUGGAGCUUGGCGACUUCAUGGCGUUCAUUGCGGCGGGCAACAUCCUCCUCGAGUACUGCAUCGGCGGCGCGGCGGUGGCGCGGUCGUGGACGUCCUACUUCGCGACGCUGCUGGACCACCACCCCAACGACUUCCGGAUCCACGCGCCGUCCCUCGCGGCGGACUACUCGCGCCUCGACCCCAUCGCCGUCGCCGUGGUCCUCCUCAUCUGCCUCUUCGCCGUGCUCAGCACCAAGGGCUCCUCCCGCUUCAACUACGUGCUCUCCAUCGUCCACCUCGCCGUCAUCGCCUUCAUCGUCGUGGCGGGGCUGACGCGCGCCCGGGCCGCCAACCUCACCGCCGACUUCGCGCCCUUCGGCGCGCGCGGCAUCUUCGCCGCCUCCGCCGUGCUCUUCUUCGCCUACAUCGGCUUCGACGCCGUCAGCACCAUGGCGGAGGAGACGCGGGACCCCGCCCGCGACAUCCCCGUCGGGCUCGUUGGCGCCAUGGCGCUCACCACCGCCGUCUACUGCGUGCUCGCCCUCGUGCUCUGCCUGAUGCAGCCCUACUCGGAGAUCGACCCCGACGCGCCCUUCAGCGUCGCCUUCACCGCCGCCGGCAUGGACUGGGCCAAGUACAUCGUCGCCUUCGGCGCGCUCAAGGGCAUGACCACCGUGCUCCUCGUCAGCGCCGUCGGCCAGGCCCGGUACCUGACCCACAUCGCGCGGACGCACAUGGUGCCGCCGUGCCUCGCGCGGGUGCACCCCAGGUUCGGCACCCCCGUCAACGCCACCGUCGCCAUGGCCGUCGCCACCGCCGCCAUCGCCCUCUUCACCGACCUCGGCAUCCUCUCCAACCUGCUCUCCAUCUCCACACUCUUCAUCUUCAUGCUCGUCGCCGUCGCCCUCCUGGUCCGCCGCUACUACGUGGCCGGCGAGACGCCCGCCGCCGACCGGAACAAGCUCGCCGCGUGCCUGGCCGUCAUCGUGGCGUCGUCGGUGGCCACCGCGGCGUGCUGGGGCGCGGGCGGCGGCGCCGGGUGGGCCGCGUACGCGGUGACGGUGGCGGCGUGGCUCGCCGCGACGCUGUUCCUGCAGUGCGGCGUGCCCAAGGCGCGCGCGCCGAGGACGUGGGGGGUGCCGCUGGUGCCGUGGCUGCCGGCGGCGUCCAUCUUCAUCAACAUCUUCCUGCUGGGGUCCAUCGACGCGGCGUCGUUCGUGCGGUUCGGGGUCUGGACGGCGGCGCUGCUCGCCUACUACUUCCUCUUCGGCCUGCACGCGUCCUACGACACGGCCAAGGCGCUCGCCGCCGAGGCCGACGCCGCCCGGGUGGAGGAAGGCGCGCGCAAGGCCGGCGCCGGCGCCUGAUCAGGAUGGAGUAGCGAACUGAAUGGGGGUGUGGUGGCACUGGAUGAACUUGUCUCUUAUUAUUUUGGUUAGCUUAUGAGUAAUGGUGCCGUGUACAAAAGAAACGUACUAGCUUAAUAAUAAGGUCGCAGCUUGAAUUCCAA